AUGCGUGCAGGUCGUCCACGCUCAAAGGGACAGAUGCCAGUCGCCUACCGUUCCCUGACACCGUCUCGAACGUCAGGCAACCAAGAAGGUUUCCUACGCCCCAACGCCAUCUUGAAUGACAAACGACCUAGCAGGUCGCUGCCACCAAUUCCCGCCGUCUAUGUGAUCUUGUGA